AGUCGAGGUUAAUGUUGAUGAAGUUUCGAGCUUUCCCUCUUUGUGCUGUGGAAGCUGCAGACCGCCUGUAUCUGAGGGGGUGCAGGGGGCAAGGUGUGAGAGACAGAUGGAGAGUUCGAGUUCCCGGGCAGUGACUGCGGCAGCUUCCUGAGGUGUGCCCUCUCUCACUCUCAGUGCCUGAAGCCAAUCACUGGUGCCUGGGCAGUGACCUCCGAGCGACACAUCCUUCAGAAGCUGUGAUCUCUCUGGGACGCCUCUGAGCUGACUCACCGUCCUCUGAUUGAACGCGAACUUUGGGUGGAAUCGGAUCAUCCCGAUGGGUUAGUGUGCAGGCAACAGCUGUGGAAUAGACAGCCACGGACUCACAGUGUGUGUGUGUUCGCGGCUACAGAGCGGAGUUCUUGGUGCUGGCUGCAGCUGGGCUAACAUUAACCUGGGGACACCCACUGCAGAUGUUCAGCAUCCACAGUUCUUUGAUUUAUUAUGCUGUUUCCAUCCUGUCUAUGAAGCAUAAAAAAUUCUUACAGCACUCAACAAAGUAGAUGAAAGACGGGAAACAGAGGACUCAGCUAUUGAGGACUGAGAUAGAGGACAAACUUCUUCACUCAGGAGGAAUCAGCAAUAUUGCCCGCAGGAGAAAGGGCAGGGUGUUGGAUACAGUUGUUCAACAGACUCUCCUCUCCUGUGGACCAUCACGCAUGAGCUGUUGAGGAUGAUGCAUUUUCCCGACCUGGCCCGACCACCAGCCCGCACCGUGACAAUUUUGCAGAGAAGACUUCCCUGGAUCCCCUCGCAAGCAGGACCGAGUCAUUUUCUGUUCUGAAAGACUAUAAAGAGAUUUUUGCUGAUUGUUUAGAUUGAACUUUGAUGAUGUUAUUUAUUGAGGUUCAGCCCAUCACCCAGGAGUUGCACUCGAUAGCUGAAUGAAUGAAUGAAUGAAGUGACUCCCGGGCCCACAGUGUGAGACUGACCAGCCUCCUCCCGCCGGCGCGCUCCUUUUCUCCUGCACAUUACGUCAUGCCCAUUGUUGUGGUCCGCCCGACCAAUCGGACGCGGCGCCUGGAUUCGACGGGAGCCGGCCGGGGCCACUCUUGGCGCCAGGAUUUCCCGUGCGCAGGCGGCCCAGCCCGUUCCUGCGGCUUUAACAGCUCGGACAUGGAAACCCCACUGCAGUUGCACGGUGUGAUCCAGGAGCAGCAGCACCACCACGACUGGAUCAGAUGUAACUGUCCGCAUGUUCCUGUUCCCCCUCCUCCACCUUCUGCUGCUGCCACCGCCGCUGGGGAGAACCUGUUCUUCCGGAAUUCCUCCCCUCUCACUUUCAGGACCAGUUCUCCCCUCUCCUCCUCCUCUUCCAGACAAGGCAGUCAGCUGAACGGCAGUGAGUCCUCCGCCAGUCAUGCCAGCUCUUCGAGGCAGGCUCCCCUCCAGCAGCACUGUCGGCAGCCCAGUCCCAGCAGCAACCGCAGGGAGAGCAAUCCCUUCACCGAAAUAGCCAUGAGCAGCUGCAGGUACAACGGCGGGGUCAUGCGGCCGCUCAGCAACCUGAGUUCGUCCAGGAGGAACCUGCGCGAACUGGACUCGGAAUCGCAACCUCUUCAGCCCAUCUUCACCACAGUAGCCCCGGAGAUCGUGGUGUCCAAGCCGGAGCAGAACAAUUCCACAACGGUCGUUUCCUACGGGGGGAGCGGCAGUGGUGGGGCAGGAGGAAACGGUGGGAAUAACAGCAAAUCGAGCAAAAAGAAAAACAAUAAUAUCGGUUACAAACUGGGACAUAGACGAGCUUUGUUUGAGAAAAGAAAGCGAUUGAGCGACUAUGCCUUGAUCUUUGGUAUGUUUGGGAUUGUAGUGAUGGUCAUUGAGACUGAACUUGCGUGGGGGGCUUAUCAGAAGGGCUCGCUGUACUCAUUAGCUCUGAAAUGCCUUAUUAGCCUUUCGACGAUUAUAUUGCUUGGUUUGAUCAUUGUAUACCACGCGCGGGAAAUUCAGUUAUUCAUGGUAGACAAUGGCGCAGAUGACUGGAGAAUAGCCAUGACUUAUGAGCGGAUUUUUUUCAUCUGUUUGGAAAUACUGGUAUGUGCUAUUCACCCAAUACCUGGAAACUAUACAUUCACAUGGACAGCACGCCUUGCCUUUUCAUAUACAACAUCUACAGCAAUAGCAGAUGUGGAUAUAAUCUUAUCAAUACCAAUGUUUCUUAGACUUUACCUAAUUGCCAGAGUAAUGCUGUUGCAUAGCAAACUUUUUACGGAUGCUUCUUCAAGAAGUAUUGGAGCACUGAAUAAAAUAAACUUCAAUACCCGUUUCGUAAUGAAGACUUUAAUGACAAUAUGUCCAGGAACAGUAUUGCUGGUUUUCAGUAUUUCGUUGUGGAUAAUUGCAGCAUGGACUGUCCGAGCUUGUGAAAGAUAUCAUGAUAACCAAGAUGUCACAAGCAAUUUUCUUGGAGCAAUGUGGCUUAUUUCUAUCACCUUUCUCUCUAUUGGCUAUGGUGACAUGGUACCGAAUACAUAUUGUGGGAAAGGAGUUUGUCUACUCACAGGGAUUAUGGGAGCUGGCUGCACUGCUCUGGUAGUGGCUGUGGUUGCUAGGAAGCUGGAACUUACCAAAGCAGAAAAACAUGUGCAUAAUUUUAUGAUGGACACACAAUUGUCUAAACGAGUAAAAAAUGCAGCUGCCAAUGUUCUCAGGGAAACGUGGUUAAUAUAUAAAAACACAAAAUUAGUUAAAAAGAUAGACCAUGCAAAAGUGAGGAAACAUCAACGCAAAUUCUUACAAGCCAUCCAUCAGUUACGAAGUGUAAAAAUGGAACAAAGAAAAUUAAAUGAUCAGGCAAAUACUUUGGUGGACCUUGCUAAGACGCAAAACAUUAUGUACGACAUGAUCUCAGACCUAAACGAAAGGAGCGAAGACCUUGAGAAAAGGAUUGUAACAUUGGAAAAUAAGUUAGAGACAUUAAUAGGGUGUAUCCAAAAUCUGCCUGGUCUGAUUAGCCAGUCAAUCAGCCAACAGCAGAGGGAGUUCUUUGAAACUCAGAUGCAACAGUAUGUCCACCAAACUGCCUGCAGUGCUGAGCGGUCACGCUCAUCGACCAGAAGGAGAAGGUCCUCUUCAACAGCCCCACCAACUUCAUCGGAAAGUAGCUAGAAGUGAACAUUUUAACCACAAGAACGAACUUUUUUUUUGCCAUCAUAUGGUUGAUAUUUUAGCUUUUAUUGUAAAGCCCUAACGAUACUAAACAGUGUCAUCUGGGUUCUGAUAUCAGAAUCCAGGGAACCUGACAAAAUUAUUUUAGGCCAAAAGGAGUGAAUUUUCUCCUUCAGUUGCACAGUGAAUGCACCGAUCCUGCUAUCUAGAUUGUUUCUUCUGUACAAUUUACUUGACUUUUUACUCACGCACUUCAACUGACUUUACUAAUAUAUAAUAUAAUAAAAAGAACUUUCUGGAUAUUUCUGGUCGGUCAGUUUAAGCCCUUCACUUCAUGGGCACAGCUGUAACAGAACUCAGGUGCUCAACCAAUAAUGAACAAGGAAAUGUACUUUGUUCCAAAUGCGAAUAUUACAUAAAUAAUGCUUUUUAACAUACAAAUGAGGAACACCGUUUAUUAAAUUGUUAAACAUAAACAAUGUUCACCUUAUCCCAGAAUUUAAAAGAAAUGAAACGUUUUAUACAUAUUUAUUGAGAAGACUGUUAAGACCAGACUGUUACAGUGGAGUUUACUAGUUAUCAUGCACACUUUAUCUACUAGCUUGUGAUUUAUCUUAAAUCCAUAAAUAAAGAGAAGUAAGAAAAAUUCAAGAAGGGAGUGUUCAUAGAAAGCACAGAGAGAUCCACGUAGUAAUGCUGUAACUAUACAAUGUAUGCUGCAGAAGUACAUUCAAUAACUGUCAGCAUCACAAUGUUGUCAGGAUAGGUACCUGCAACAUAGAAAGCGUUUUGCUGGAAUUAGAUGCCCCAGGGCAGAAGUGAUCAUCUGCAGAGUUGGAACAGCAAAAACAUUGUCCUAUCUGAAGAUUGGAAAAUUGAGGAUAAGAACCAGAGCAAGAAAAGGAAAACAGAAAUAUUUAAUGAGAGAGAAUUGAGAUUGGUAGUGGGAAAGAGUUUUGCUCAUAUUCUGCAUUGUAUCCUGUAAUUAGUUUUCUUUAUUCCAGGGUGAAGACAUUCUAGCAUCUGUUGCUGAACA